GGAUUAUAUGAAUGUUUUUGUAUUGAAUGGAUAUGAAGAUCUAGAUACAUUAAAAGAAAUUGAAAAAGAAGAUUUGGAUAGUUUAGGAAUUCAUAAUCCUGAUCAUUCUCAUAAAUUAUUAAGAGCAAUUGAAUUGUUGCAAGAUUAUGACGGAGAUGCACAAACACAAGAAGGAGAAUAUCAAGAAGAGAAUCAAAAAUCAUCACCUAGAGAUUCUGGCUGUUAUGCAAGUAAUGAAAAUCUCAUACAUAAGGAAACUGCUCUUUCUCAGAAUUGGCUUACAACAGCCGAAAAUGAAGACAAUGAAGUCAGCCAGUCAGAAAGUGGAAUCCAGUCUAGUGAAGGCCCAGAAUCUGGAGCAACAAUUAAUAACUUAGAUACUAACAGUAUUUCGGGAGAAUAUAAUUCGUCUUCAUUUCUGACAUCUAACGAAACACCUAGUUCUAAUGAACAGAAUGUUGAAGGAAAUUUACCAGUUACCAAUUACAAUAUUCCUCCGCACUUUUCUUUCGAUGCGCCGGCAACGGCUGGUUACGAACAAGAAGUCAACGUGCCGACUCGCAAUCAAGACAGUAUUACGUGCUUGGAAAGAGAGAAAAUUUAUGACAAGAGACAUUCGUCUAGGUCUGCGGGUCCUUCAGUAACUUUUGGUUCGGGUAAAAGCUCUGAUUCGGCCUUUUCGGAUUAUUCGAAAAUGAAUGGCAGAAGCGAGCGAGUCUUAAGUGAGCCCAAUUGUAAAGUUUCUCAUUUACUGUCUUCACAUUCGCCCAUAGCCAACAGUAUUUUACAUUCUCGUAUCGAGAGUAACGAAAACUACAGAGAUAUAUAUUGCAGUCACACAAAAAAUUCCAUUAUUUAUUCCCGCCAGACUUCGGAAAACCAUCCCAUAGACAUUUUUAGUAAAAACUCUAAGUCUGCCUCGUUACCUCGUAAUAAAUCUCAAAACAGUGACAGUGGCAAUAAUACAUCUGUACAAAAGCAUAGUUUUUUUGAAAGUAAGAAGUCUAAGAAAUCAAAUCAGAGGAAAGCAAGUCUACAACCAGUUGCAAGGAAUCCAUGUCCUCUACCAUUGUCUAUUUUAUUAGCAGUUACAGAUAAACUUGAAGAAGAAUGCAUUGAUCUUUGUGAAGAGCCAUAUACAGAUAAGAUGGGAUUUUGUGGAAUUCCUCCUGCUCUGGUACAGAGGUAUGCAGAAGAACUGCAUCAAGAUGUGUAUGACAUAGCACAAGCUCUAGACCAAACCCGUAUAAAUGCUUUACAAAUGAGAGGACACAGAGCAGUGCCGAAUGAUUUCCUUGGAGAUUCCUGUCUAGAUCCCAUGUUAGAAGCAAAUUACGGCAGUGUGACGGACUGGUUGGUGUCCCUGGGACUUCCUAUGUAUGAUAAUUUAUUAAAAUUAGCUGGUUUCAAUCAUUUAAAUCAAGUCGCAGCAAUACGAACCACCGACUUACAAGACUGUGGUAUAACUAACGUGCAGCAUAUCCGCCUGUUAACUUCGGCCAUCAGUGUUCUUCAUUUGCAUACCAAUCCUAGCGAACAAAGGUACAAUAGUUCGGAGUGAACAUCGCUCCAGAUGGCCAAUAAUUUUUCUGUCUCUGAAUACUGUGAUUCAAGCGAAAUUUGGUUUAUUGAAACGGAAUCAGAAUGCAAUCACUCUAAUCACAAUGGGCAUUGAUAAUUUACGUUAGAAUCUUAAUUUGCAAUUUGAAGACGAUUGUUUCCGAGGGUUCACGGUACGGACAAGAGGUAAGGAAAAUUCUUCCGUUCACGUCCGAUGUAAUAAAGUGCCUGCAUCGCGCAUUAAAUUUUAUAUAUACUAAAAUAAUAUCUGAUUAAGGAUAUAACUGUAAUCAUUCCAAUCCAUUAUUUUGAGAUUAUAAUAUAUCAGCAUACAUAUCACUGUCUAAAGCAUUACGUGUGUGUGGAUGGAAAACAUUAAUGAUUUUGACACUACUGUUUCUUAAUACCAAAAAUUAAAAUAAGAGAUCAGUUCCUUUAUUUCUAAUUUAUUGCACAAAAUUUUUUUUUAUCCUCUCUCAUUUUUAAUCACCCAACAGAGAUUGCUGAAACAAUGGCAAGUGGGUGACAAAUCUAAUUUAAAUAUUUAUGCAUAUGGAAUUUGUUUGUCUCGUGUGCAUUAUGUAUUUAUUUUUAAAAAAAUUGUACACAAAAUUUAUUAUCCAUUUCUAUGUAAAUUUAUAUUUUGAGUUUAAUAAUUUAUAUACAUAUAUAUAAAAAGCCAACUAUCGCCAGCAGAAAUCAAUUUUUAAAAUAUUUAUCAAUGAAAGAGGGCAUAUCAUAAAGAUUACAUGUGUUUAUUAUACGCUCAAGGAAAUAAAAUGUGAUAUAAUUUGAAAUAAUAUAUCAAAAAAUUUGCACAUAUCGAAAUUUGUUUAUUUAAAAAUAGAAUUUGUAGCACGAUGCAAAAUGAUUUCUUUUUUAUCAAAAUAUCAGAGAAUGAAAUAUUCAAAUAACGGCAAAAUUUGUUUAAAUAAAAACGUCCUGGACGAGCAUUUAUCGGUACAUAAAUUCUGUUAUCUGGCAGUUAGAGAAUGUUGUGAUUUGUGUGUUAGACCAAUAAAGUUAAGUGUAAGAAUGUUUAAAUGGCAUCGAAUAACUUUUGUGGUCGAGACUUCCGACUCGACAAAUAUUAUCUAGUCAACUGUCCGGGUUGCGAGCUUAGUUCACUUUAUUCAUGAUGAGUAAGUCUGUCACAAUUUAUUUUAAUAGACAUCCGCAUGAGGAUAUCAGAUUUGGAUGCAGCCAACACCAAAAAAAAAACUCAUAAUAAUAAAAGAUUGUCCAAAAUAUAUUGAUAAGGUCAAAGUUUAAAACCAAAAACAAACUAUAUUGCCACUUUUUGCUACUUAAUGGUAUAGAAAUGAAAUGCUGGCCUUAUAUUUGAUGAGACUAAUCUCUUGUAUAUUGCCAAAUAAGGUAUGACUUUUUAAUAACUGAAUUUUGCACAUCAGUAGCCUCUUUGUAAUAAGGUACAUUGUUUUUACUGUAAAUAUCUGCUUCCUGCGUACUUAACUGAUGAUGCAGUUAUGUACCAAAAUUUGUUUUCAGUUAAAUCAUGCCAAUAGUUUUAUGUACAUGUAC